AUGAACGCGACCAACUUCGGCAUAUAUUAUGACGAUGCCGAUUAUACGGCUCCUGCUCUGAAUCACGGUGACGAGGCCGAACAUCGAUUUUUCUUAGAGCAUAAGGGCCAGACUUGGUUACAGCUGAAUGUGAUCAACUCUCAUCCCGUUUCAACGGGAGGCUAUCCUCGGUUCUUCGAUGAGGACAUUAUCACUGGAUCAGUGAACCUCGAACUUGAGAAGGCAGAGCAAAUCAAGAGUGUAUCUCUGACGGUUCUCGGAGUCGCCGCUGUGGAGGGUCUUGCUAGGUUGCGGUUCCUGGAGCUGACAGAGGCUCUGUGGACCCGCCGACAGCAGGAAGAUACCCCAGGCUCCUUGGUCGGACAUCACUCCUGGCCAUUCUCCGUCAAGCUUCCUCGCGAAGUUCCCCUCCGCUUGAAAGACAAGGCCGAUAGCACAAUAUAUCGCCUGCCUCCCAGUUUCUCGGAGAAGGGAUGGAAUGCGAUGUUGACCAUCGAGUACAGGAUCUUGGUGCAUGUUAAGAUGGGGAUGUUCAGUCCUGAUUACACUCUAGCAGCAAAUCUCUUUGUCCUACCUCGAACUGUAGCUGACCCUCGGCAGAAGGUUUCUGAAUCUGGGCCACCCGGUCCAGAUAUUGACCCUGAGGGAUGGGUUGAACUCCCUGCAAUAAAGGUGAAGGGUAGGGGCAUGACGCCUGGUGUCCAGGACCCAGACAUCACUUGUACUGUGCGUAUAUCUACAUUCUCGAUUGAAGAUCGCCUUACGAGCGUGGUCGCAGCUGGCAAUAGCGAAGCCGGUAAGAACCUUGCUCAGACGUGA